AUGGGAGCCCUUUCGUCUUUUUCGCGUGUUGCUCGACCGUCCCACUUCAGAAUAGGUGCUGCGGCUUUCUUCAUUAUUUUCGUACUUCUGGUCUUGAAGUACCACGCCAAUUAUGCCACCGCUCCUGCAUCCGUGGCACAAACGACGCGAACAGCACCCCAAGAAUACUCGAAAAAGAUCUUCGCACCUGUCCAAGAUUCGACUGCCCAUCCAUCGUCGGCGGCGGUAUCGGUGUUUCCGGGGAAAGUCCAUCUCAUUGCCACGGCAACAACGACGGGAGAAGGCUUCUGCCGGCUAUUGAAAUCCGCCCUCGCGAAUGACUGGAAUAUGACGGCCCUGUAUUACGGCGCGGACAAGUCUGGCAAGCUUAUCAAAGUAGAGGCAGUCUACGAUUUCCUGAAGCUUUCGAAUCUGGCCGACGAUGACGUUAUUGUGAUGGUCGACGGAUUCGAUGUGCAUGUGCACCGCGGACCCGAGAGCGUUCUGCAGAGUUUCCUGGAGUUCGACUCGCCCAUUGUGUAUAGUGCCGAAAAGACGUGCUGGCCGUACAUCUAUCCUCCAUGGGGUGUGCAACAGAUGGACAAGUGCCAAGUGGUUCCAAACUCUACUUUGUCCGCGGACGUUUACGGUCCUGAGACGGACAGCAUUCCACCUCAGAUCGACAAUGCUGGGGAUCCUACAACUCGUCCUCGUUGGCUGAAUUCGGGCAUGCUGAUGGGUCGGGUAUCCGCACUACGCAUCCUCUACGAGGAUAUGAUGGCGGAAGUGAGAGGAGGCACAUCGUGGUCGGGUGGAAACUACUUAGACGACCAAGCCCUGGCAUUCGAGCGACACUUAAAUGGUACCUUCGGGAUCACGCUCGACUACCCGGCCUCGAUCUUCAUGAACCUUGACAAGAGUGAAGGCGACAUCACAUGGGUCUUGAAUGACGCUCGCCGCCCGCGAGAAAGGGCUGCUUUGGUGAACCGAAUCUCGGGUACCUCUCCGGCAUUUUUCCAUUACAACGGCCAGGGGAAAGGUCUUCAGCACGUCUUCUGGCCAAAACUUUGGUUUCAACAAGCCCGGUCGACGUAUAAAUUAUCCGAAACCGAUGGCUUCACAGUAGCUACACCAGAUGGAAGAUGGGUGUCGUUUCAGGAGGCGUGCGAUGGACAAAUUUGA